AUGGGCGGAGAAGAUAACGUCGCUAGACGUGGAAGUUGUAGUGGCGCUGUCGUAGAGGCGAAGCAGCCGAGCGAUGACGGUACAAUCCGGGUUGUUGUGCGCGUACGGCCCCUGUCAACGGUUGAGCAUGCGAACCCCAGCGUCCGAAAUAUCGUGCAGUGCUUGAAGGAUGGAAUAGUUGUGAAUGGGGCGCCGUCCAAAAUGUCAUCUCGUUACUUUGGUGCGCCUCACGCCAAGCCGCGUCCGAGGCAGUUCAAUGUUGAUCAAGUGUUUCACCAUUAUAGUUCUCAGUUUGAAGUGUACGAGGCCUGCCGGCAUGUAAUCGCGGGGGCAUUUGAAGGUGUUAACGGAUCUGUUCUCGCUUAUGGGUCGACUGGUUCAGGGAAAACUCACACGAUGUUUGGCGGACAAAUGAGUGCUGCUGGUGUCAUUUACCAGGCUGUGCAGGACAUCUUAGAGACGAAGAGUGAGUUGGAGGAAAAUGAAAAGACAGUGACCACCCGCUGCAGCUUCAUGGAAGUAUACAACGAAAAGGUGUACGACCUUCUGGCGCAGACAAGUGGUCAGGGGAAGCGGAAGGAAUUGAACGUGCAGGAGCUCACUCAUUCCAAUGACACCAGUUGUUACGGUAGCUUUAUCAACGGACGUUGCGGUGUUAACCCCGAAAGUCUUGCGGUGCGGGGCCUCACGUACUGCACACCGGAAACGGCGGAUGACUUCGCUCGGUGUGUGGAGCGUGGACACAUCAACCGCUUUGUGGCUUCCACGGACGCCAAUGCACACUCGAGCCGCUCUCACGCGAUCUUCACCGUAGAGAUAGAAGUGAAGGACACAGUCAACGCAUCGCUUGGGACCGUUGGACGCAUCCGCUUUUGCGAUUUGGCUGGGUCUGAAAGAGCAGCAGGUAGCAGCAACAGGGGUGACCGCUUGCGUGAGGGUGGAAAUAUCAACCGCUCCCUUCUUGCACUUAGCGCUGUUGUGCAGGAGUUAGUGCAGCGGAGAGAGCACCCCGAGAGGACGCAUUACAUUCCAUACCGUGGAUCUAAACUGACGCGGCUACUGCAGGACAGCAUCGGGGGGAACUGUAGGACGCUGAUGUUGUUCUGUAUCAGCCCUAGCAGCAUGAACUACGAAGAGACCAUCAACACUAUGCUCUUUGCGAUGCAAGCAAAGAAAAUACGCGUGACAGCAAAACGCCAUGAGUUUGCGGUUGACUCGAAAGUCGUGGCAGCAAAUCAAGAGGCACUCAUUGAGGAGCUUCGUGCUGAGUUGGCUUUGGCGCGCGAUGAGCUCCUACAGUUGCGUGGUGCCAACGCGAAUAAUGCCAACGGGGCAGCCCGCACAUCCCCACGGGCCGUUUCACCUCCACAGGCGAAAGACCUGGAAGUGCCAACAUUGUCCCUCUCAGCGCAACGUACGGAGCGGGACUGGAUGCAACUUCCUCUCGAGGCAACAGGUAGGGCAUCAAUGCGGUCCUCUACACGAACUCCAAAAGUAGUGGAAGCGAUGGAAUUGUCAGCGGACCUUCAGAAGAAAACUAAGUCUCUAUCAGCGACAAAAGAGCUACUCUAUCGUGAAAUGCGGGAGGCUGAGGAAGCACAUAGUGAGUUGAAUAUGCGUCUUCGGCAGCAGAAGUGGAAGCUCGUUCGCUUUUUGUCCGCAAAGCAGAAGGGUUCCGGCAAGGGCGUAGAUGGGGAACUGUCGACCUCCGUCGGCGUCGCUGGGCAGCAGCGCGCAAUCAAGGAGAUGGAGGUGGAAUUGACUGCACACGGAGGGGAAAUCAAACGCCUUCGGGAGAAGAUGGACGCAACUGAUAAGGAGCUUGACAAGGUACGGCAGGAGUUACUGCGGGAGAAGCAACACCCUUUCUUGGAACUUCUCCUUGAUAAUGUAAAGCUGAGACAGAACUGCACAGAGGCGGAAUGCCUGGCGGCACAUUAUCACCAAGAAUACCGUGCUGUCAUGAGUCAUGAGGAAGAGUUUUCGCAGGCGCUAAGCAAGUGUGUGCAGGCAAUUAAGAGCAUGUUGCCGUUGACCACACCCAACUCGUCAGUAUGGGAAGAAGCACAACUUGCACUCAUGUACGCAAACCUUCCUUCCAUCCCGACCGCAGACAUAAUUCACGUAGUCCAGAAAUCUAUGAGAAGUGGUAGGGCGUCUCCCAUGGCGUCCGCUGAAUCACGUUUUAGGCGGUCGUCAACACAGGGCAUAGAGGCACGCCUACAAUACCAGGUAUCAAAUGGUCCAGACAGUAGGAGCUUGGUGGUGCAUAGCUCGCCCAAGAAAGCCACGGGGGCGUACAGCAAUAGGAGUGUAGCCGGCACGAAUACGCCGCUUUCCGGAAAUAGCCGUUCGACAAUCGCUGCAGCAAAGUGUCAGCGGACGCCGAAGGCAAUGACUGUUCCGCCACGGCCGGUGACGAGACCCAGCACUCGUCAGCCUGCUGGUGCCACGUUCAAGAAACCACCGUGCCCUAAGGGUGCAAUUAAGGUGGGCCAUAGGGAUCCCGCAAACCUCUCCACGGUAAACGGCAAGAAGAACACCAUCAUCGGCUCACCGUGUAAAGAAAUGACCCUCGCUUCCUCCCGCCCACAUGCUGCACGGACAGACGCGGGUAAAGCGGCGAGUCCCACCUUCUCGCGGUGUGCCACAAGGACCCAUGUAAAGUUUUCAGAGGAUGUAGUUCCAUUUACUCGCUCACUCACAUUUAACGGAAUCAGUCGCACGAAGGCAAGACAAAGUAACGGAACUCCCUCUUUACGUGAGCGGCACAACAACUUCACACCACCCAGGCGUGUGCGUAGAACGAACAAGGACUAUGGGACCGGCGAGGAGGAUAUCCACCCAAGACGGGUGCUAAAUGACGGUCUCGAGGAACGUUUCAAGAAGCUCUUAGACGAGGUAAAACUGUGGCAUAGCGAUAAGGCAUCUACCGAUUCCGGACUCAACGUCUCCACCUGA